CACGCCGCCUACGCCAUGGCUUUCUUGAUCUAUUGCCUCGUCGCCAUGGUGUCGCUGUCGCUGGCCUCCAUGUCGCCGGCGGUCUCCGCUGUGGAACCCCCGACCAUGUCGAACACGGAUCAGUUCCUGCGGGCGCACAACGAGGCGCGCGCGGCGGUGGGCGUGCCGCCGCUGUCGUGGAACUCCACGCUGAUGAUGGAAGCGCUGCGGUACUCCAGCGAGCUCCGCGUGGACUGCGACGCGCUGCCGCCGGCGCCGUGGGGCACCCGCGGCGCGUACGGGCGGAACCUCUACCACGGCCACGGCGUGCGCCGCGGCGCGGACGCGGCGGCGUUCUGGGCGCAGGGCCGGCGGUGGUACGACGUCCGCGGCGCCGCCAACGCCUGCGCGGCGCCGCCCGGCUGGGGCUGCGGCGCGUACACGCAGAUGGUGUGGCGCGACACGACGCAGCUCGCCUGCGUGGCCCGCCCCUGCCGCUGCGCGCGUCGCCCCUGCCCCGACGUCAUCGACACCGUGGCCGUCUGCGAGUACUACCCGCCGGGCAACCUCGUCGGCCAACGCCCGUACUGAUCAUCUGCUUACUUCUGAGCUCUGAGACACUCUAUGCAAUAUACUAUACUCUCCGGUUUUGUUUUUCAUAGAUUGACUAAAAAUAAUUGGAGGAAGCAUUUUCUAUUGGUUGCUUGAUGGAAAAUCAUGG